GCGAGAUAAACACUAUCGCGUUCUUAAGAAUCAAAAUAGCAGCGUCUACUACGUUAUUUUAUCAUAGGUUCAGUUAAGGGUUUCUUGGCGGCCGGUGUAGUCACACUCCUCUUCGGUGCUCGUGAGUCGGCAGUUUCACCUUCGACCAAGAUUUUGAUACGAAAGGGAGAACAAUGGAUGACGGGACAGAAGCCACGAGAGUCGAAGAGAUUAUCCAAGACGAAUUUGUGAAGGUGGAAUUAGUAACUAAGAAGGGAGAAACAGACAACCCAGAAAUUGAAAAGGAAGGGAUUACGAGCGCACGUACAGAAGACAACAAGCAAGAGAAGGAGACGACGGAAGAGGAGAAGAAAGUGCCAGAGAUCGAUGAGGAAGAGCUGAAGAAGCUUAAUCGGAAGGUACCAGAUGCGAGGUCGGCUUUCAAGAAGGACCAUGUUGACGAACAUUUUGACAGCCUGCCAUGGAUCCUCGGCGCUUUAGGCCGAGUCUUGAGUCUCCCGCUCAGCUACGGACCGAGGUUUGCGCCGAUCAUCAUUCCUCUCAGCCGCCGUCUGCAGACAUUCGCCGUGUUCUUCUGGAUGUCGUCUUUCCUCUUCAUGGGGUUCGGCUCUCUCAUCUAUCUCGUCUACCUCUUCUUCUACUCGGAAUAUUGGUGGAUUUCUCUCGCCUACUUCACUUGGUACUUGGGGGACCGCACCAUUUGUGUUCGAGGAGGAAGAAGAAUAGAAUGGAUAAGGAACUGGUCGUUAUGGAGGAGUUACCGGGACUUCUUCCCUGCCCACUUGAUCAAGACGGCAGAGCUGGACCCUUCCAAGAAUUACAUCAUGGGUUACCAUCCCCAUGGCGUCUUGUCAGCUGGAGCCUACUGCCACUUCGCCACCGAGGGAACCCACUUCAGUAAGGUAUUUAAAGGACUCACACCUUACCUCUUGACUCUGGAGUGUCACUUUAAGCUGCCAUUCUACAGAGAACUCUUCAUGGGCACAGGAGCCGUGAGUGCCACAAGAGCCAGUAUGGACUACUUGCUCUCACAGGAGGGAACAGGUCGCGCCCUCUGCCUCGUUGUGGGCGGUGCCAAGGAGUCCCUCGACGCGCAUCCGGGACAAGAUAUCAUCCUGCACCUCAGCAAACGCAAAGGAUUUUGUAAAAUGGCUCUCAGACACGGGGCAUCGCUAGUGCCAAUGUUCUCCUUCGGCGAGAACGAGGUCUACGACCAGGUUCCUAACCCACAAGGAUCUUUGCUCCGUAAGGCUCAGAACACCUUGCAACAGGCCUUAGGACUGGCGCCCGUCAUCUUCAUGGGCAGAGGCAUAUUCCAGUACAGUUUUGGAAUUGUGCCGUUCCGGAAACCUAUCUAUACAGUCGUGGGCUCAGCCAUCGACGUACCGCAGGUGAAGAACCCCACCUCACAGCAGAUCGUGGAUCUGCACGACAGAUACACCAGGGCAGUCAUCGACCUGUACAACAAAUACAAGGACAGAUACAGCGAGCAUCCUGAACUCCAGAUAAAGAUUGUUUAAAGAUGAAAAAAAUAAACAUGAUAUUAUAGGAUUUGUCUCCGUGAUUUGAUGGAGACAAUCAAGUUCUUUCUUCUGCAGGAGUUUGUCUUCGUAUUUUAUGUCGUGUUAAAGUCUUCAUUGUGUGGCUGUAAGAAUAAAGAUGUAGAUCGUGUA